AAACAUGCAUCCUUUUGCCUUCCUGACUGCUCUUUGCUUGGGAAUAGUUUCAGCUACUAUAGAGCUUGAUCAAAGUUUAGAUGAACAGUGGAUCCAGUGGAAGGAGACACAUGGGAAGCAAUAUGGCAUGGUUGGUAACAUCUAAACUAUCCAGAGGACCCACAGAGAAUGUCCGUACUGGUGGGAGUUUGUAACACAGAGUUGCAUCUUGAAGCCGCUCUUACCAAGGCAGUAAGCAGGGCACCAUGACUGCGCACAGUGUGGGCAUAUGUCCUGCUGUGUGGUUGCUGGAGAACAGCUCCCAGAAGCAUCAGGCCAUCCCUGGCUGUGACUUCUCCUCCUCUCUGUGAGCACAUCUACUUGGAGCAGGUCAGUUGGUUUUAAAUAGAAAUAAAGGUGAUAAGUUAUAUGUUUGCCUCUAGGUUGAAGAAUGCAGAAGAGCAGUGUGGGAGAAGAAUAUGAAAAUGAUUAUACAGCACAAUCAGGAAUACUAUCAAGGGAAACACCGCUUUUUGAUGGCAAUGAAUGGCUUUGGUGACAUGACCAAUGAAGAAUUCAGGCACAUGAUGAUUGGUCUUAAAAUGGAGAAGAGUGAGAAUGGGGAAGUUUUUAAAGUCCCCUUCUGUGCUGGCACCUCUGUACCUGUCGAGAGAAAACAGACGUCCACUGUAAGUCCUGGUCGGUGUGCUUCUGGCUGGGCUUUUAGUGCAGCUGGUGCCCUUGAAGUACAGAUGUUCCGGAAAACUGGCAAACGUGUUUCCUUGAGUGUGCAGAACCUCCUGGACUGCUCUUGGCCUCAAGGCAAUGAGGGCUGCAAUGGUGGUCUAAUGAGUAAUGCCUUCCAGUAUGUUAAGAACAACGGAGGCCUGGACACAGAGGAAUCCUAUCCAUAUGUUGGAAGAGAUGGACCCUGCAAAUACAGGCCUGAGCAUUCUGCUGCCAAUAUCACUGCCUUUCACACAAUCCCUCAGCGGGAGAAGAUCCUUAUGAUGGUACUACGAAAGGUGGGGCCCGUCUCUGCGACUAUUGAUGCAAGCCUGGAUACCUUCCGGUUCUAUAAACAAGGCAUUUAUUAUGAUCCAAAGUGCAGCAGUGAAGACCUGAAUCACGGUGUUCUGGUGGUUGGCUAUGGCUUUCAAGGAAAAGAAUCCGAUAACCAAAAAUAUUGGUUUGUCAAGAACAGCUGGGGCACUGACUGGGGCAUGGAUGGCUACAUAAAAAUGGCCAAAGACCGGGACAACCACUGUGGAAUCACCACCAAGGCCAGCUUUCCUAUUGUGUGAGAUGAUGGUGAUGAAGAAGGCCUUGACUGGCAACAGAAUAUCCAGGAUAUGGAUUUUAUUGUAGAGUUGAUCACAUCUUAUUGUGGGGGAUAAAACACUUGAAUCACUGAAGAUCCA